AUGCGUAAAUUUGAUAUUUAUCCUAAAGUACAAGAUGAUUCCUUCAACAUUAGAACAGUGUCUGGAGGAGUUGUUACAAUUAUUACAUUUCUUUUUAUGAUUAUUGUUGCAAUUAAGGAAGGAUCAAGUUUUCAUCGCGUUGAAAUCAAGCAACAUGCUGUUGUUCAGAGCCAAUAUAUCAAAGAAUCUAAUGAGAUUGAAAUCUUCAUGGAUAUUACUGUUGCUUAUCCUUGCCAUAUGCUUCAAUUAAAUGUAAUCGAUGCUUCUGGAAAUCCACAACCAAAUGCACGCCAAGAUAUCUCACGCCAAAGACUUGAUGUUCAUUUCAAGCCAUUAGAGCAAUUGAUUUCGGAUUCAGAUCCAAAAUCUGUUUUCCAAACUUGUGGCAACUGUUUAGGUGCCAAUGUUUCCAAAUGCUGCUUGACAUGCACAGAUAUUGCAAACUCUUUCCGUCAAAUGGAAGAGUUUAUUCCAAAUCUUCAAAAUGUUGAACAAUGCAAUCGCGAUAAGAAGGCAAUUGAAGAUAAAGAGACAUGCAGAAUCGUUGCCAAGUUGAACACCCACUUUACUAAAGGCAAAUUAACAAUUAUGGCCGGUGGAAUUGUUCCAACUCCUGUUAACUACAAGUUCGAUCUUUCACAUUUCGGAGAUAACGUUAACUUAACACAUACAAUUCAUACUCUCCGCUUUGGCCGCGAUUUCGAAGGUUUAAAGAAUCCAUUAGAUAAUUAUACGAAUAACCAGCUUAAGAAGAGCCAAUUCAUGUACAACUAUAAGAUUGACUUAGUUCCAACAAUUACAAACGAUGUAGAAAAUCAGAUUCCGGCUCAUCAAUACUCAGCUUCUUCAUCAUCGAAGGAAAUUACGAAAAUGAUUACAAAGAAGCAUCCAGGAAUUACAUUUGAUUUCGAUACAGCACCAGUCGCUGCCAGAUUCAUCGUUGAGAAGCAAUCUUUGUCUUCUUUCUUAACUCAGCUUUGCGCCAUCUUAGGAGGUGGCUUCACACUUGGCGGAUUUAUAGAUUCAUUCAUUUUCCGUGUUAGAGCUAAAAAAUUCGAGUAA